AUGCCUCCUCCUUCGACACUUAUUUCGAAGCUUAAGGUAGCUCUUAAGCUCUCUGUAUCUCGCCUACGAAUGACCCAGCAGCGGGAGACCGCCCUAGCGAAGGUAAACCGUCGACAGAUGGCCCAGCUCCUGGAACAAGGCAAGGAAGAAUCUGCCCGGAUUCGUGUGGAGAAUAUUAUCCGACAGGACAUCUCGGUGGAGCUCAUGGAAAUUUUGGAGCUGUAUUGUGAGCUCCUGCUGGCCAGAAUAGGGAUGAUGGAACCGAAGGAAUGUGACCCAGGACUAGAGGAAGCUGUGAAAAGCAUCAUCUACGCUGCCCCCAGGAGUGAGAUUAAAGAGCUUCAGCAAGUCCGCCAGUUGCUUGUUGAGAAGUACGGUAAAGAAUUUGCCCUUGCCGCAAUUGAGAACAGUGACGAGAAAGUUGCAGAGAGGGUCCUGAAGAAACUUCGUGUCGAACCCCCGUCAGAGACUCUCGUAACACUCUAUCUCAAGGAGAUUGCGCGGACCUAUGGUAUCCCCUGGGGACAAACGCCUCCGAGUACGCCUCCACCAGAGGGGGGCGACGACGACGACGAUCCUUCUACUGCCAUCGUUGUCCCCGCUACUGAAAACCCUCCUCUCCUUGCGGACCCUAAAGCGGCAGAACUCUCAAAAGCUACACCGCCUCGUGAAAUGCGAUCUCCGAUAAAUAUCGCGCCGCCGUCCCCAUCAACCGAGAAUGUUCACCCUGUUGUUAGACUACCUGACCCACCGGCUAUGCGUCCACUCGCCAAGAAGGUGGCUACGGAGAAUAGGAAGCCGGCCGCGGCAGCUGGUGGGACUAGGAGUGCCUUGGAUGACGACGACCUAGCGAAGAGGUUUGCUGCAUUGAAGAGGUUAUAGUGCCCUGGGCAGGUUUGGAUUGGGGGUUUUCGAUUUUCUCUUUCUGGGCGGUGCUUCUUGUAUUGUUUGUAUGGUCAAUUCUUGCUUGAUCAAGUGAUUCAUCCCAUUUAUGAUAUUUUUCUUCCC